AUGUCCUCUGAGGAAACUGUCAACAAGGAGAUGGAUCCUCAGACACAAAGCCGCCUUUUCCUGUUGCCCGUCGAGAUACGUCGGCACACGUAUUCUUUCGUCGUCGAGGAGGGUGUUCACGUCUACCUCCGUAAUGGCCGCAUUUGCAUGUCGACAUGCAUCACUCCGCAGCCCAGCAACGACUACUUCUGCUUCGACCGUCAGUCAUCGGGAGACCCUCCUCGUGAUGUUUGGGCUCGUCGACUGGGUUCAUCUUGGGCCUCGCACUGGAGAUGCGAGGAAGUUGCGCUUGGCUUGGACGUGGACCGCAUUAAUCUUAUUGCUGACCGCGAUCCGACAAGGGCAUUGAUGCAGUCUUGCAAGAGAAUAUAUGGCGAGGUUGCAGGCUUGAUAGCUGAAAAGUCCGUUUUACACAUCACCGAACUCGCGACCCUUGACCAGCUUUUGAAAGGAGAUGACGACAAAUCACGUUUGUUUACCGACAGUAUACUGUUUAGCUCAUUUACUGGCGUGAGAAGACUUCGUCUCGCCUUCCGCCUUCCGCUGCAAGUCUACAAGAUGAUUGAGCUGCAAUGCAAGCAGCGAAAAUUCCCGCCUUGCCCACACAACAAGCUGCCUUCCACCAUGUGGAAGGGCAUAUGGCCAGCAAUCGCUCAACUCCAGCACCUCCGUUCGCUCGAUGUCUAUAUCGACCAUGACUCUGAAGCAUCCUGGACAUUGGUCGAUGAAGCCACCAUACUCUCGCCUUUGCUGCCGCUCUGCCAGCAUUCCCACUUCAGCACCACCGUUCACGUCCCGGUACUACCGCCGCCACAGGACACGGAGGAGGACUCCGGUUCCUCGACAGAGGACUCACUAUCCUUGUUGGACAUACGAAGGUUCAUCAGACAAAGAUUCUUCCCCGAGCAAAGACAAGAUGGUACCCAUGGCAUAGUCUACGAAGACGACGCCAACAACAUGUUUCGCGACCCAGGCCCAUCUGCCGACGAGCUGACUCGGACUGCUGAAUUGACGAUGCACCUCUGGCUGCAUGGUGUUGAGCUUGACUAUCUUGCCAUGAGUAGGGGGCUUGGGUGCCUCCUCCUCCUCGCUAUUCUCGCCCUGCGCUCUCGGUGCAGACACGUCACGCAGCCUCUUAACCCCCAGCUCCUCUUCAACAGCCUCUUGGGCUCAUUAUACUCUACAAGCGUUCCCGUACCCAACACGGCAACCCUUGCGAAGGCCAUCACCCACUGCAACUUCUGCGCUAUGACGAUAAUGGUCCAUCCGUCGAACCACAUCCGCAGAACAUCAUACAUAAUCUCACUCGUUGCAUUGUCCUUGCAACCAACAGUCAUACCAAGUAGCAAGAAGGAUGGCAACAGCACUCCCAAGCCCAACAUGUCCGCCCAGACAUUUGCCCAAUUUUCUCAUUCGGGGCCACGACACCCUCAUUCGCCCACUACUUGA